AUGCCAGCAAGGCUUAGCGCUCCUGCGGCGCAUGGCAGUCUGAGCAUGGCCUGCCACCCACAGACGGUCGCCCUGGCGCCAUUUCCAGCCUCGGCAUGCAAAGUUGUCUCCCAAGCGGUUGAGGCUGCCCAGCGGGUGUGCAGUCAGCCGCUGGCGAUGUCCAGCUGUCAGGUGCAGAUGCCUGUGCGCCAGUCCUCGGGGGCAUCCGUGAGCAAGGUGCAACUGCCGAUGCGCCAGUCCUCCAGCCCAGUGUCCGUGAGCAAGGCAGGCUAUCAGACGCCCGGAAGCGCCCGUGUCUCGACGAUGGCGUCUUUUGCCCCGGAGAGCCUGGCACAGGUGAAGCAGCAGGAGCUGGAUCAACUCCGGGAAGCUCUGCAGGCCUCCAGGGCCAACGAGGUCCGAUUGCAAGCGGAGCUGCAGGCAGCAAAGGAGCAGAUCCAGCACUUGGCAGCAGCACUGGAGCAGGAGAAGUGUGCCCGUGCAGAGGCUGCACUGGCCACUCACACAAAGAAAGCUGAGGCAUCCCCUCGGAGCCCGAGAACUCCAAAAAGUCCACAGCGCGUGGCACGAGCACCGUCAUCUCCGCGCCGGGCGGAGAGCAGAGGGAAGGAACCGGCGGAUGAUCACCGUGGUAGCCGAAGUGGUGGUGAUGCGGCGCCUUCCGCCAGGCCGCUGGGCGAACGGCCACGAGUGACGAGAAGAGGCUCCUCCCCUGCAGCAUUGCGGCGGCCAGCAAAGGAUGAGGUGGAUACCAAGUUGACGGAGUACCUGGCAUCAUCGCCACACUGCCAGCUCGAGUUCUGCAGGCUGAAUCAGGGCUGGUACCAGUUCCGGCACGUUGACACUGCCAUGGAGACAAAGUGCCUGGAGAUGUCCAUCGUGAACGGAAAGCUCAUGGUCAAGUUCGAGCCCACGAAUCACGAUCGCGGAUGGCCCGCGUCUCAGCACCGGAGGCUACACCUGUGCUCUCUUUCGAAGCAAGCUGGCCGCCAUGGCUCACCACUUCGCUACAGAAAGUCUCCACGAGUGCUCCAAUGGAGCUUUGCCAACAUCAUGGUGGCGCUGACCUUUGACGAUGGUGAGGAGUAUGGGCUGGUAGCUCAGUUUUGCCGGCCGUUUCCGCAGCCAAAGCCCGUCAGCAGAGAAAUAGUUCCUGAUACGUUGCAGACACACAACCUCUCUUUGCAUAGGAGACAGUGCUUGAAACAGAGCGAGAAACUCUGGCAAGAGGAUGUUGCCUAG